CAGACGUCUUUUAGUGGCGUAAUGAAUUUCUCCCAGUGGAAUAUACUUCUGCCUAUAGAACUUCAUACAUUGGCGACUAAAAAUCUUGGGCUGCGUUCACAUCUGCACGGAAGGGCCGGAUGCAGCACAUAACUGAACAUGUUCUUAAAGGGGUUGUCCAUGCUGCAGUGUCUGUCUAGGAGGUAAAAGAAGAUGUCUUCAGUCUUUCGAAGUGUUGGUUGGAGAAACCACAAUGUAUUGGAAAAUAUAGAUGAACAAGACAGUCCUCAGCCUGACAAGUUCAGAAAAAGGCCCUCAUCAAGCUCUCUUAACACAAUGCGCAUGUCCCUGCGGAAGAGGAUGCCACUGAAGCAGGUGGAGAUGAACAUCAAUGCCGUGCCCGACUGGAGCAGGGUGGGAGUAAAGGAGAAGCAGCGCCCCUUGCAGUCCAUGACCGUUACAGCCAAGAACAUGUUUGGAACCAUGUCAAAGAAAAUGAAGAAAAAUGACAGAAAAUCAAAUCCGUUUUUGUUGGAGUCUCCAGACCAGUUUAGAGGGACCAGAAAACAAAGCAGUACUCCCAGAAGUAGUAGAAAAUCUACACCUAAAACUCCUAGAUGUCGACGGUUGGUAGAAGAAGCGAGCCCAAGUAAUAGGGUCACUCCAAAGUCCAGCAAGAGGGCAUCCCUCUGUACCAGAAAAAUCAGCAGCAACCAGUGGAAAAGCUUCUCCAAUAUAGUGGGGAACGAAGGACUAAACCUGAGAAGAUCUGUGAGGGCAGCAUCCCUGAGCAGCCCAUACGCUUCACCCGUGACCGUUAGCAGAAGAAGGCAGUUUGAGAAAGACCUGGAAUCUGUUUCUGCAGGAAUCCGGCAGCUGAAACGUCUCUCCAGGGUAUUUGAUGAUGCCAUCUUACAGGAAGAAAGGAAAGAAGCCAUUUUGAAUUACCACAGUGUAAUGACCAAGAAUCUGUCUCGUACUCGCCAUUCUCAGCUGUCUUGGAAAAGUACACGGAGACUGAAGCGUACACGUCAAGGCUGGACUGAGGUGGCUUUAACCAGUAUUGGCAACAUUGGCGCACGUUAACGAUAUACUCUGUGUAACCAGCUUUAUCUUUUUAUAUAUAUGUCUGUCCAUAUAGCUGUUACUAACUGCAGCACUGUGUGAGCUUGUGCAUCUAUUCAGUGAACUUGGACUUAAUAUGUUUCCACCUUUUAUUAUUCACUACACUAUAAUAUCAAAUCCCGUUUAUAACAGUUUUUUUUUAUUUAAAAGACAGUCCAAACAUAAGCAUGUAUUGGAUGGCACUUAGUAUGACGUUAUUGCAGUACUAGAGUUUGAGCCUGGAAUAUUUUGACAGGCAAAAAUAUUUAGCAAGGUGUACACAUAUUGGAACAAGUAUCCACCAUUCAACUAAUAGUUUUGAGGCAGGCAAAAAAUACACAGGAGGUACAAAUAUGGCUGCCAAGUUAUUUGUACUAACAUCAGCCCUACACAUAAGAUGCUUGGCCGGCAGCAAUCACUUCUGUUCUUCUCAUUCACAUGCUUGCUCAGCUCGGCCAAACAAACGCGUUCUCAAUAGAAAGAGGUAGGGGAAACCCAAUCUUUGUCUCCCGACAUCUACCAUCGGGUGAGAGUCGGGAGGUCCACCCUCACACACACACACUUGAUGUUUUGGCCAGUUCGGCCAACAUAC